CUGCACAUCUGUCACAAGAUCAAACAACCCGGACAUUUCAACGCGCUUUCGGUGGUGCUUUAAAUUCUCUCCCUGUGCUGGUGUGGUUUGGUUCGAGCCACUCAGAGAACAAGGGAGUGGCAUCCGAGGAGUGGAAUUUCACUUCCUGGAUCACUCAGGUGCGUCACCUGUGUGUGAUGUGGUCGGUCGUCGCGAGCGCUUUUAUUUCGACAUCAGAUAGUUUCGGAGGCGGAAAGGAUCGAAUCUGCGCGGAAAGCCUUUAAGGGAUUUAGGAAGUCAUUUUUCUGGACGCACAGCGGUGCCCGAACAGGACAUUGGCGACAAUAAGCAACGCGGGUUUUGGGUUUGUGUUUUUUUUUUUUUGUUCCUCUCCGCGGUCCGACAAACGCACAUCAAAGAAGAAGAAGAAGAGCUGCCUUUUGUUCGACAAUAAGUUGAGGGGGAAAAAAAGUUGUUUCUAUUCGAUACCAGCUGAUCUCUGGAUCCGCGUCCGUGUUGAAACCUUCUCUCGGGGGGGGGGGACAUUCACGAUGCGCUCCCUCCACGGGGGACAAUGGAGAGCGCGCGCGCUCCCGCUGCCGCUGCUGCUUCUGCUGCUGCUGCUGCUCGACGCGAGUCGCGCGCAGGACACCGGCGCGACGUGUCUCGCGCGGUUCCAGAGCGGCCGCGACGACUUCGUCCUCGACACCGAGGAGUCCGUGAAGGACGGCGCGACGUUCAUCUCGUCGCCGGCGCUGAGCCGCCAGCGGGACUGCGUGGCGUCCUGCUGCAAGGAGCCCAGGUGCAACGCGGCCUUCAUGGAGCGCGGCGACGAGGAGGGCGCCGUCGAGUCCUGCUUCCUCUUCGACUGCGUCUACAACAAGAAGUACGUCUGCAACAUCGUCCGCAAGACGGGAUACGUCAGCUUCAUCCUGGACUCCGUGUACGAGCGUUACCUGGAGGAGCACGCGAAGCCAAGUGACCCUGACCGGCCCCCGGUGGCCAACGGGGGCCCGGACCGCGUGGUCCAGCCCCAGGAGGCCCUGACGCUGAGCGGGAUGGUGAGCAGCGACGACCACGAGGUGGAAUCCUACCACUGGAAAAUGCUCACCAGUUAUCCUUUCGCCGUCAUUGAGAAAACCACCUUCAGCGACGAGAUCACGGUGUCCAACCUGACGUCCGGCGUGUACAAGUUCCAGCUGACCGUCACGGACGCCGCCGGCCAGUCGGACUCCACCGUGGUCACCGUGCUGGUCCUGACCCCCGAGCAGUCCGAGCACCACUGCAUGGCUCCGAAAAAGGUCGGCCCGUGCCGCGGCUCCUUCCCCCGCUGGCAUUACAACGGCGCCUCGGAGAAGUGCGAGGCGUUCACGUUCGGCGGCUGCAGGAGUAAUCUCAACAACUACCUCUCUGAGGACGAGUGCACCAAAGCCUGCGCCGGCUCAGAAAAACCUGGCAAAAGUGGACGACUUUUGCCGUUUGACGGGACCAAAGAAAAAUGCGGCGUCGCGUGCGCCGAGGGCGAAUUCACCUGCGCCAACGGCUGCUGCCUGGGUCCGGGUCUGGAGUGCGACUCGACGCCGCAGUGCAGCGACGGCUCGGACGAGGUGCAGUGCGACGAAUUGAAGAAACGUUUUCGGAUUCUGAUGCAGAUUCCAGUGGAUGAACAAAAAGUGCGCUGCACCGAGCUUCCUGACACCGGGACCUGCAGGGACAGCGUGACCAAGUGGUACUACGACCCCCUGCAGAAGCACUGCUUCCGCUUCAACUACGGUGGCUGCCAAGGAAACGACAACCGCUUUGAGAGCGAGGAGACCUGUCUCCGGGCGUGCCACGGGGUGACAGAAACCGACGUAUUUGCCAGAAAGAAGGAAUUCCAAGGCGGAGAGACGACUGGCAACACAGGGGUCGUAGCCAUAGCCGCCCUGCUGGGCGUGGCCAUCUUCAUCCUGCUCUGCCUCGUGGCGUACUGCCUCAUGAAGGGAAGGAAGAAGGACUCGCAGCAACGCCGCGCUCCCGUCGCCGCCGUCACGUUGGAGGACAGGGAGCGCCUGGUCUACAACAGCACCACCAAGCCCAUCUGACACCCCCUUCCCCACCCCGCCCCGGGCCUCCUCCCGUUGCCGGAGACGACGUGUCGUCAGACCAGGUCCUCGUGUACGGAUGUGGGUGAUGUCCACAGAACGUCUUUGGCGAUGACGCAAUGUGACGUGUCGAUGUUUUGACUUUUUAAGUAGUGUUUUUUUAACGCGGCGGUUUGUACUCUGGAGGACGGGCCACUGGAGAUCGUUGACUCUGGGUUAAUUUCCUAAAUAUUUUCUGCUUUUUAUUCAUUUACUUUACCCAAAUCUGAUGUUCUUAGUGAAGAGCUCUUUUUAAAAAAAAAAUAAAGUCAUUUCAAAAGUUGGAUCUUGAAGGGUCACAAGGUCCGUUACGCAGGAGGAAGCGUCCGGGUUCCUCUGGGAAUCUGGUUUCACAUUUAAUGGAAAUCCCUUUUUACCUUACCGAAAUCCUACCCGGCCAGUUUCUUCACUUUGUCAAAUAUAUAUUUUUAUCCUGUUUAUAAAACCUUGUUACAUGAAAUGACUCAUGCAUGCAAAUUGUUGUACAUAAUCUUUAGGUUUUUAGGUAAUAAGUAAUAUUUUACUUGAGAAAGCUAUUUUGUUUCUAAACAAGCACAAUUCCUACAUUGAACACAGCUAUUGAUGCCUUUUUAAAAGACGCCUCACUGUUUGUACAAAUAAAAUGAUGUAGAUGUCUGUAACUUUAGCAUAUCCUAUUGUUUCUUCUAAAUAAAUAUAUCAAAUCCAAAUACUU